AUGUGGCUACCCGUAGUCAUCGUAGCGAUCCUAUCCGUCUCCGUACCGUUGUCGGACGCGGCCUUGUCUCUCUCUCCUCGAACUUUGAAAAUCGCCAUCAUCCUUCCCUUCGGGUACAAUGUCAAUAGUCCCGCUAAGUGGUUUGUCCAGCAUGCUGAGGCUGCUCGUCUCGGCUUUCGACAUGUUGUGGCGAUGGACUCGAACUACAAUCUUGGUGACAGGCGCAUUGAUAAGCCGAGCAUUGACUGGAUAGGUCAGCAAAAUAUGUUUUCGAUUACGGUAGACCCGGCGGCCACAGGAACCCCGACCGCUCUUCGUUUCCGGAGAGAUUGGAAGGCCGUCAACGGCAACGUCUCAGGGUCGCCUAUAGCCUCUCCUUACACUGGCACGGAUCAAGACGAUGUGUUUACAGGACUUUAUUACGACUCUGCACGGCCAUUGCUUUCCGCCCGGAAAGCUUGA